AUGACUAUCAUGCGUAAAAACGGCAAGGUCACCACCACCACCCGCGCCAUUAAGCGUGACCGCCGCCAUGCUCGCAAGAGUAGGCAGCGUCAGACCAGUGAGCGCCAUCUUGCGAACCUCCGCCUGCAGGCGUUCAACUAUAACGCCAAGCAGUCCCGCCGCUGGCUUCGCGCCCGCGUCCUCAGCGAAAACAGCGGCUUCGUAACCAAAGAGGCGGCUUCGCAGCUCGUAAAGCACUUCGAAAAGACCGAAUACCAGCUGCAGCACCCCCGUAUUACCGACGCCGUGCUCACCGCCAAUGCUAAGUGGGUACUAUCGCAGCUGGGGGUGGAGCGGGAGGCGGCCAGGGGUGAGCAAGGAUACCCGGAGAGAGUGCAAGAUUGGUGGGCGGCGCCCACAAUGGUUGGCAAGAAGAAGAGGAAGGGGAGGAUGAUGGGAAAGAAGCAGGGGGCUACGGCCGACCAGAGUGUCAAUAUUGAGGGGCUACGGGACGAGGUUGGUGCUUUGGGGUUGGGAGAGGAGGAGAUGGAGGAUCAAGACGGCGGCGUUUGGCUAGAAGACGAGCAGGAAUUUGAGGGGUUCGAAUCCCCAGUCAUGAUGUCUCCGACGGGGUCUGUGAUCGGUGAGGGACAGGAAGAGGAAGAGGAUUGA